CCCGAGUGGAUUGCUGUCACCCUGCAGUCCAACAGAGGGCAAAGUGCAAGCUGUGCUGUAACAGCGUCGUUUAUCAUGCUCCCACUCUCUCUUCCUCCCUCCUCCCACCACCUCCUGUCAAGUCUCCACCUUCGCCUUCCAACGCCAGUCACGCUGACUUUCACUCAGCGCCGUCAGCCUGAAGGCCAAGACUUUCCAGUGACUAAGCUUCAUGUUGGCCUCCGCGUCCAGUGCGGCCGACCACAUCUGAAGUCUGAAGACACUCGCUGUGUGACAGUCAUGGAGGAGCCGCGUCGAAUCGACCUGACUUACAUCACAGAGCGGAUCAUCACCAUCUUCUGCCCUCACGAGUGUCCGGAGGAGAUCUACCUGCACAACCUGCAGGAGAUCGUGCCCAUGCUGCAGUCCAAGCAUGGACACGGCUACAUGCUCAUCAACCUCUCACAGAGACACAACGUUCUCACCCAAAUGAACCACAGGGUUCUGGACACGGGUUGGGUGGAUCUCUUGGCUCCCAGCCUGGAUCAGAUCUUCAGCGUGUGCACGCUGAUGGAGAACUGGCUGCAGACCCACUCCAAGCACGUGCUGGUGUUACACUGCAGGGGAGGCAGAGGCCUACUCGGAGUUCUGCUCGCGUCCUACAUCCACUUCAGCAACAUGUCAGCCAGUGCAGACCUUUCUCUAGACCACUUCGCCAUGAGGAGGUUCUACAACGACAAGCUCUCCGCUCUGAUGACGCCCUCCCAGAAACGGUAUGUGUGGAUGCUGGGCAGCGUGUUGAAAGGAGGACUGAGGAUGUGUCCAUCGCCGUCCUUCCUCCUCUGUGUUGUUCUUUAUGGUCUCCCCAGACUGACACCAGAUGGAGGAUGCAGUCUCUUCCUGAGGGUCUACCAAAGUCUACAAGCCGUCUGCACGUCGGCUGUCUACCACGUUAACGCAGAUCAAACGGACCGACUCUACUUUGUGCUUCAGCCUGCACAGCUGCUUAAAGGGGACAUCAUGGUGGUUUGUUAUGAUAAAAACAGUGGGUCAGCGAGCCGCCAGGUCGUCUUCCGUCUCCAGUUUCAUACGGGCCUCGUGGUCGGACACACCCUCGCUUUCUCCAAGGCGGACCUUGAUUGCGCUAGGGAAGAUCCUCGGUUCCCAGAAGAUGGAAAAGUGGAGCUGCUGCUUUCUGAGAGUCCUGAAAAGAUCGCAGGCAGAGAGCUGUGGCACAACGGAAGCUGUGUGACGGUGGACUACGACACCCUGGACCCGCUGGUGAGACGAGAUUCAUAUCAGGACACGUCUCCUCUUCAAUCAGCUACCCCUCACAUCCUGGACCCUGGGAAUGGCAGCUUAUACUCCCAAGUGAGGAAGAAGAGUAGCGAGGAAGGAGCCUUAUUCUCUCUAACCACCACCAGCCCCAGCUGCAGCGACCGAGCUCCGUCAGCCAGCAGCGACUCAGGCCUGUCCGUCGCCUCCCACGGGUUGACCGGAGCCCGACAGUGGAGAGGGGCCACGCAGGACAAGGGCACCCAGGCAGGGAAGCUGAUCUCCGGGGCGGACAUCGAAAUCGCUCAACCUCUCCUGGAGGUCAUGACCGAAUUUGCUUUGAAAGGUGGAGGGGAGGGGGCGAUAGCUGGGGACGAGUCCGGAUUGGGUCUCACAAUGAAUGGAGAGGCUUCGCCCAGCGAGAGGGAGACCGAUAUACUGGAGGACGAGGACGACGUGGCGGUAGACAUGCCGAGUUCAAGUAGCAUCGGCUCCCUGUCGUCUGGACACAUGUCCGAAACUCAGAGAUCAACCCGAAAGGAAUAUUCUACUCACUCCUGGGUACAACAGCACCAGAUGGUGGACGCCACCGAUGGCUUCCUCAACGUAGCUGGUCCUGAUACACCUCCUCGAGGCCUAAGCAGCAGGGAAGCAGUGCUGAGAGGGCUGGUGAACGAGGAUAACGCACAUAAGGUUAACACUCCCGGCGCACAGUCGGCCAAUACGACGCAGACAUCGUCCUGUCAAGAGGACGAACUCGGGGCGUUAACCACAGACAUUGACGAGUCCAUAGAGCAGCUGAACCAGUUGAUUCUGGAUCUGGAUCCCACAUUUGUUCCCGUUCCAACCCGCUGUUCACCCCUGUCCCGCUCUGCGUCCCUUCACACCAACGGCCUCAGCCACAAAGGAAGUACACAUUUAGCAGGGUGGAAGCAGCAGAGGCAGCUCAGCGAUGUGACCGACUACAGCGCUCCGCACAGUCCAGGAUGGAGAGGGGGCGGAUCUCAGAGGUUCAGGGGCUCCCCGGUCCACAAACCCUCCAUCUCGUCCCUUCAGCACGGGCUUCUCCACAAAACCAACAGCGUGGACUACCAUGGGCAAACGGAGACGCCCGACAUCGUCCCCUCCACUCCGGCCUUCCCGGUGUCUCCACCGACGCCCUACGUGAAACAUUUCUCAGAGUUUUCCCAGCUCAGGACCGCUGGUCAGUGGGAACAACACAGCUGGACACAAGAGUCACGGAGUUUCCUGGAAAGCAUGAACCACACCGGCAGCUCCACGGAGGGAGAGCUGUUCAGGUCAGACAGGUCCGUCACUCCUGCUUCCUGUCAGAGGAUCUUCGGCUCCAUGUGCUCGGUGUCGUCAGGGAGCCCCCUCCAACACACCGACAGCUCCACUCCUCCUCCAGCGUGGCACGACCAAACUCCCAACUCCCUUAACUCCCCGUACCCUCCCCAGCCCUCACCACCUCUCUCCCUCAACCCUCCCAAGGCCCACAGUUCUCCCCGGGGGCCUCUGAAAGGCCUGGGCGGGAGUCCGGGCUUCCGCAGGGGGCCAGACAACACGGACAUGUCCUCGGUGUUGCUGGGGAACGGCGGCCUGGAGCACAGCCUCCUGGAGGCCAUGGAGGGCCUCGGGGGUCUGAGUCUGGGGGUGGACGGGGGCCUCGCUCCCGUUCUGCCCGAAAAGAGGCGCGUCGGCCUGGAGGGGGGAGAGCUGGGCUCGUGCUCCCCUUCUCUGAGCGGGUUUUCCAGCCCUCACAGUGGCAGCAGCAUGAGCAUCCCUUUCUCCAUGACCCCCGACCCCCUCAGAGGACUCAGCCGGGUCCCGUCGCCUGGAGGAGAGUUCGGCAGUAAGCAGGACACCGUGAAGUUUGUUCAGGACACUUCCAAGUUCUGGUACAAGCCCGACAUCUCCAGAGACCAAGCUAUCGCGGUGCUGAAGGACAAAGAGCCCGGCUCGUUCAUUGUCAGGGACAGUCACUCGUUCCGCGGGGCCUACGGGCUGGCCAUGAAGGUGGCCACCCCCCCUCCAACGGUGGUGCAGCAGAGUAAGAAAGCAGGAGAUCUGUCCAACGAGCUGGUGCGACACUUCCUGAUUGAGUGCACGCAGAAGGGCGUUCGUCUCAAAGGCUGCCCCAACGAGCCGUACUUCGGGAGUCUCACAGCGCUGGUGUGUCAGCACUCCAUCACCCCUCUGGCUCUGCCCUGCAAACUCAUCCUGCCCGACCGAGACCCGGUGGAGGAGCUGAAUGACUCAUCUGCACAGACGGCAACAAACUCAGCAGCUGAACUUCUCAAACAGGGAGCAGCGUGUAACGUGUGGUACCUGGGCUCCGUGGAGCUGGAGUCUCUGACGGGACACCAGGCGGUGCAGAAGGCCACCACGGUGACGCUCUCCAUGGACCCUCCGCCGGCCUCCACCGUCGUCCACUUCAAGGUGUCGGCCCAGGGGAUCACGCUCACCGACAACCAGAGGAAGUUGUUCUUCAGGAGACACUACGCCGUCAACACUGUGAUAUUCUGUUCUCUGGAUCCACAGGGGAGGAAGUGGACCAAAGACAACGUCUCCACUGCAAAGAUUUUCGGAUUUGUAGCCAGAAAAUCCCAGAGUGAGACCGAAAAUAUGUGCCAUCUGUUCGCCGAGCACGACCCCGAGCAGCCGGCGAGCGCCAUCGUCAACUUUGUGUCAAAGGUCAUGAUCGGGUCACACAAAAAGUAAGGAGAACGAGCUGCAGCGUAAAGGAGUCGCACUAGGGAUCAACGUCCCACCCAAACUUCAUAUAGAUAAAUAUGAUAAACUCUGAUACUCCAGCUCCUGACUCUGCCGGUCCUGCCUGCAGAAUAGACUUGUGUAUUUUGUAUUGACUGCGCUGCAGGACGCUGCCGCCUAGAGGGACCCAACACUGCUGAUGUAUAAAGUUUCACUCCGCAGCAGGAAGCCAUAUCUACUUCCCAGCAUGUUUUCUGGAGCAGUGUUUAUAUAAUGUUUAUAAAUUCAGACAUUUGUUUGCAGAGGAUCUACUACGAAAAUAAUUUUGGACUACUUUCAUUGGACCUGUAUUUUGGAAUCUACUCUGUGGCAUGUUGUCUAUACAAUACAACUACUUUUAAGUGGAAAAUCUUGCAUAUUCAUCACAUAAACAUACAUUUCUAAUCAAUAUUAUGAUUCUGAAACAUCUUGUUGGUAACGGUGUGUAAAUCAGAUUCAAACAUGAGCAAACCACAUGUCAAAAUUUUAUAUUAAUACAAGAUCAGAUUCAUCAACGACGAAUUUAUUGUGUUGUGUUUAUAUAUUGUUGAAGAUAUUUAUCCCGUUUUACAGAUGUGUAAAAGUCUUGUCAUAUAUUUUUGUAUAUUAACACAUAUUGUACAUUAGGAUUAAAGGAAGCGUACCUCAAGGUUUAUGCAAUUAUGUCCCAUGAUAUUGUUGUUGAAGAAUGUGAUGGUGUUUCACUGCAUAAUCUGCUCAUGUAUACUCGUACUACCAAUACACGUAGCUUUUAAUAAUAAGGUCCUUCAUCAAUAACUUCA